UACACGUCCUGGAGCCUGGCCUUCCCUACGCAUGGCCUUCCAAAGCGGCAGCGUGCCAGGCAUCAAGACCAUCCUCAUUCACCUGCUGUUGUGCCUGGUCACUUUCUACACCGUCUACUACAUGAUUGGAAGCAUCUGCUCUGGAGUUUUCAGGCUGGACACAUUUGAUGGACUUAUCCCCUUUGAAUUUAACACAGAACCAUCUCACUCAAAUCCCAAAUAUCUGGUGAAUUUGCUGUCCAUGGAACUGACCUACUUCACCAGUGGCCUUAUCUUUGCUGCUCUGCUGAAGCGAUGGGUCUGGGACUAUGCCAUCACUGUCACAAUCGUCCACGUGGCACUGACGUCUGCAGUGAUGGAACAAUUCCCUUUGGUGUGGCACUGGUGGCUAGCACUUGGCAGUGGCCUCUUUAUCAUGAUUUUCAGUGGACAACUUGUGACCCACUUUGCUUGCCCUGACUCCAGUGAUCCCACUUUGGACAGCUACUGCCAUUCUUGAGAGAUUCAGGAUCAAGGUACUUUACUUCCUCGACCUCCAAACCUGAGCAGUAUUUAUAGGAGCUGCAGUGAGUUCAAGUAGCCGGGUUAGAAAGAAGAAACGUACAAUGCUUUCAGAGGAGUAACUAUGCGACUGUGCACCACAAGCACUGAAGAGACCGAAAUCCCAUUUAGCCACCUCAAAUUGAUACAGCACGGUUUGGCAUGAAUAAAAGCCAUUAAGCUCCUUUCAUUUGAGAGAGGAAGGUCAAAGAGAGGCUCGUACUAGAGAAACACGGACUAUUCCUCUGUGGGUAAGCUGAAAGGUGUUGACAGUCUGUUUGGUCAAGUUUCCCCCAUGGACUGCUGUGCAGUUCUAGGCAUUUG